AACAAACACACAAUCACAUGCACAAACGCACAAGAGACACGCAAAGGCAGAUACAGGUCUGCUCCCAACUUUUUUUGUCUUGUAGUUUUGUGGGACAACAUUUACGCAAUUCUGUCUCAGAUUGACCUCGUGCAGCUACAGGAAGUCAGUGAGCGACGGAGCAUCAGGUGGACAAACAGGAGGUCAGUAAGGGACAGAGCCUCAGGUGGACAGACAGGAUGCAGAAAGCAGUGAGACUGGUUUCUGUGCUGGUCCUGGGGUCAGUCUGGACCCUGCAGGGGGUCCACACACUCACAGAAACUCUCCCCCUCCCACAGGAGGACUUCCAUCUGGACCAGUUCAUGGGGCGCUGGUUCGAGGUGGCGGUGGUCUCCACCUGUCCUCACUACAUGCACCGCAAGAGGGGGAACCCGGUCGCCGUGGCACUGCAGCUGCAACGUGUUGCUUCUCAGGGCAACUUCACAAUGACCGCAACUUCUGUCAGGAAUGGCUCGUGUCAGCAGAAGUCCACAGUUUACGAUUUGACCGACACUCCAGGACGAUUCUUCCACCGUAAUCUCAGGUUCGAUGCUGAUGUUCAUUCCUUCGUGGUUGAAACCAACUACGAUGAGUUCGCGUUGAUGCUUCUGCUGAGCACAGAGAAACCAUCGGGGAAUAAAACCACCAGCAUCAAACUUUACAGUCGGACUGUGGAUGUGACUCCUGCCGUGCGUCUCAACCUCAAAACAUUGGUGAGACUACAUGGAAUGAGUGAUGAGGCCGUCAUCAUGAAUCACAAAAAAGAUGAGUGUGCUCCACGUGAGCUGGACACAGAGCCCCAUAAUCAGCCUCAGAUUUCUGCUCCCAAGAAGUCCAAGAGAAAUGUGGUGCUGCCUGUGGACUCUCAUUGAAUCUGAGCAUUGGAGAGAACACAAGACAAGGUCACAUGAUCAAUGACUCAUCAAAUCAACUGAGCAAGAGGAACUAUUUCCUUAAUUGAUUAAACACCUUUAUUCCAGAUUCCUUAUGGAUACACAACGUUGGGUUUGUUCAAAUUAAUGUGUGAUGUAGCUGGUUUGCCAAAAAAGUGAUUCCGUUGAGUGCAACUGACCUUUCAGAUAAUACUGAAAAUGAGAUUAAUAAAAAACUACUGGAAUAUCCCAUAACUUUCAAACAAUCAAUCAAGAAAAUGGAAAAUAUAAAUAUUCAUGUCUUUCUGCUGUUUAUUUUGACAUCAUGCCAUGUUGUAUGUCAGUGACAUCACUUUGUAAUUAAGUAUUCUAAAUAAAAGAACUGAAUCGGA